UAGGCUAAUGCCUUUGAUUCAGUUAGUAACAGUUCAUUGAGGGUGAUCUCCUGCAACAGGACGGGGAACACUUCUACAAACUUCACUUAAAUAUUUAUCUUUUUCAAAUACAACAGCACCUUAUUUCAAAAGCUUUAUUUUCCCGCAGUGCACGUUUAGCGCAUUUGAUUGUCAUAAAUUCUAAAAAGUCUUGCUCUUCAGUCAUACUGGAUUCACAACAAGAACUCAAGUUGACCAUUUCUCCUGUAAAGGUGUGUCCAACUAAUGAGCCUCCUGUGUUCUAGUGCCACCAUGAAGGACCGUGACUCUCUCUCUCUCCUGCACUACUCUGGUUCAGGCAAGACGAGCCCUCAGUUCCCCUCCGCUGCCCUCCAUCCCAGCUCCCCCGUGAUGGGAAAACCCCAGCCUUUCUGCCUGCAGUCCGGCCAGCAUUUCAUAGCCUCCAUGCAGCUUCAGAAACUCAACAGCCACUAUCAGAAUCUGUCCUCUGCAGCUACCACUGGAACCAGUAAAGGGUACGGAGCCACCAUGCUGGACCCAGGACAGGUCACCACCCCUGGGGCGGCACAGGCACCUGGGAUCAUUGAUUCUGAUCCGGUCGAUGAGGAAGUUCUGAUGUCACUGGUUGUUGAGCUGGGUUUGGACCGUGCCAAUGAGCUUCCAGAGCUAUGGCUGGGUCAGAAUGAGUUUGACUUCAUUGCGGAUGUGCCAGCUGGCUGCUGACCCUCUCAGGUGCUAACCAAAUCUACCAAAUCAAAGCGUCCAAUGAAUGGCAAUUUAACAGGGCUAUGAAAAGAAAAUUCAGCUCUCAGAUAUAAACUGUCAAGAGCUAUUAUUUAUGGAUUUGGAGGGCAGAGUAAUGUAGGUUUGCUCUUAGGUGAGCUAUAGACUUUCAAAAGAAUUUCAGAAGUUUUCAGAAGCCUUAAGGACUUCGCACGCAAACCAAAAUGGCCAUCCUUUCACCCUGCCUUCCAGGCAUCUAUAUUUCCAAAGCUCAUUCAAGCCCUUAUAGAAUCCACAUCAUGACAUUUGGACUGGACUUGAAAGAUCAACUCAUUGAGAGGUUGGUGCAAGAACAGAGAGAACAAAGAAUUUCGGCUGCCCUUGCCUGUCUGCUGCCUGUUGGUCUGACUUUGGAUGGUGUUACAAGUGUGUGAUGGAAGGUGAUCGUGAAAUUGGUGCGCUCCAUCAUUCAAGAGAUUCCCUUGAGAGGCCGUGUCAUCGCAAGCUUCACUGGUCACAAAGGAACUCGACCUGGCCGAACCUUUUCCAUGGUUAAAUAUAUUAAUGAGAUGUGUCUGUUUACCCCACCAUUCAGCCUGCAUGGUCUGAUAGCCUUAUUUUUAUAUUUUAGUUUAUUUGUCUAGAGAUGAUUAAUUCAUGCACUUAAAAAGGUCACUGUUAUAAUAAAAAAAAGAAUAUUGCCUACUGUCUUUUUUUUCUUCCUUAAAUGUACUGUUCUCACUCUUUCUAUUUUUUUUUCUUUUUUUUUUGUUGGUCUUGUAGGCUGUAUGAAUAAAGUUAAUUGUUAUCUGUGCAGGUCUUCUACAAAAACACAAAUGUUACACAUUUGACAUGCUUAAAAUUCAUUCAAUUUACCCACUGAAAGAGGAAUUUG